AUGUUGACUCGACUGAGUCUACGAGGUUCAGUUCGAUCUAUCAUUAGGUGUUCAAGCGCAAGCUUGACCCCGGGGUACAGCCAAGCUCCGGUUCAACAUGGCUUCACCAAGGCAUUCAUUGCCAGGUCAAAUCGUUCAUAUUGUCAAUCUUCACCAAGAUUCAACUCUCCGGAUAUUAAGAUCACAUCGGAAGAACUCUUCCGAUAUACUGAAGGUCGAUGGUUGGUUGGCGAUGACCUCAAUCAAGAACUGCGUUACGUCAAAUUUGAUGUCCACGAACUUUGUCGCCGUGCUGCUGAAGACGUUGGAGAUGGGACCAAGGUUAUUCGCGUUGACAAAAUACCUUCUUUGAAUAGCAGGGUCUUGCUUUUGACCAUGGACGAUGGGAAGGAAAUCAUAGCGAAGAUCAAAUGUCCAAUCACUGGUCCGGUGAUGAUGACGACGAUUUCGGAGGUUACCAUCCUUGCAUUCCUGGAUGGAAUGACAUCCAUCCGAGGUCCGGAAGUGUACGGUCUCGAAUGUGAUGAGGAAAAAUUGGGUGCAGAAUACAUUCUCAUGGAGAAGAUGAAGGGGGUCCCCUUGACGCAAAAAUGGGGCUCAAUGAGCAGCCUGGAUCAAAUGAAGAUAAUCGAUCAAGUCGUGGAGAUGGAAAAGGAGCUUGCAAACCUCAAAUUCCCGGCGUACGGCAGUCUUGCUACUCCAGUUCUGUCGGAGGUGGAUUUCCGCACAUACCCACUGUCUUCAUCACUUGACCCCGACCGGCAUUGUGCUAUUGGACCAUGCUUCGACUCAGACUGGUGGUAUACUCGGAACCAAGAUGGCACUCAGGCCAAAAUUGUAGACAGUGGCCCUUGGUUGACUCUUGCAGAGUAUGGACAUGCGAUUACGCAACGCGAGCUUGCGCUUAUCGAAAACGAAAGCACAGCGCCCGAAAUCCAACGACGACUUGAGAGUUUUGACAAGUCCCAGUCUCUCGCCGAAUAUAAGGACCUGCUGAAGAAAGUGCAAAGUGUGAUACCGAUUCUCUCACGCGAUCAACGUGUGCUUGACAUAGCAGAGCCGAUUUUACGAAACGACAUGCUAGGCCUGGAGGAUAUCUAUGUUUCGCUAGAAGAUCCGACCAAAAUUGAAGGGUUUAUCGGCUGGCGGACAAGCAAAGUACUGCCGCUCUUCGUGCAGGCUAGCCUACCAAACUUCGUCCCACUCCCUGCUUUCUACACGUACGGUGCGCACACUUACUCUCGCCCGGAUGAUUUCGAUACUUUAAGUCCCGAAACCAAGCAGUCUGUUAUCAAAGAACUAGACAUGGCAUCGAGAGCCAAGUAUUACGAGUUGAAGCGGUGCCAGGAAAUCAAGAAAAUGAACAAUCCAUAUGAAGUGAACCGCAAACUGUGGCGCCUCUUCGAGGUUUGCGCGAUGCAAGGUUCUGGGAGUAUAACCCCACUCCGCAACCGACUCCACCAAUUGUUUGAGAACUGGUCUGCACUUGGGCUUCCUGGGGCUUGCCCUUUUUCCGUUACAGAGGCUGAAGUUCAGCGGCAGCGACAGCAGGAAGACAAGUUGAUCGCGUCGCUUGAUGUGGAGGACAUUGUGCGAGACAAGCUUUCGACAAAUUCUGUUGGGUGGAUUGCGAGUGAUCAAUGGGAGGAGAAGCUCAAGGCGAAUCAGGAGUUGCACGAGGAUUUUGUUCAGACGGUGAGCAAGGAUAUAGACGCUGAGUCUGCAACGCAGAUGUGGCCGUUUCCGCCGAACUCGAAGUAG